CAAAAUCCUCACUCCCCUUCUUGAACACUCGGUUCAGAGCCACGCUUCUCUAGCUUCUUCUUCACUCGUUUUAUACAUCGAUUCUCUCUGCUUUUACGAAAGAGCUAAAGCGAUUCAUCCUUCGCAGGUCCUGUUUUGAAAACGAAUGGUAUAUAUAGUCAUAUAAAAAUAUACGAUGGGGGAUUCUGAGGGAGGCUUUUCAAACCCAUCAAUUCUGGAAAACCUAGUAUAUGGGGUUGUUGGUGCAGUCGUCUUUGGCGUACUUGUGCCUUCAUUGUUUUCCAUAAUUCUGGUGGGAAAGAAAAAGGUGAAACAAAGAGGGGUUCCAGUAGAAGUUGGUGAUGAGCUGGGCUUUGCAAUGCGCAACAGUAGAUAUACUGAACUGGUUGAAGUUCCUUGGGAAGGAGCAACAACUAUUGCCGCUCUAUUCGAGCAAUCUUGUGGAAAGCAUUCACGAGAUCCAUUUCUUGGAACAAGAAAGCUAAUCAAUAGGGAAUUUAUCACAGCUGGUGAUGGAAAGAAGUUUGAGAAGGUACACUUGGGAGAGUAUCAAUGGGAAACAUAUGAAGAGAUUUUUAACCGUGCUUGCAACUUUGCAUCUGGACUUAUUAAAUUAGGCCAUAAUGUAGAUAGCCAUGUUGCCAUUUUUUCUGACACUCAGGCAGAAUGGCUCAUUGCCUUUCAGGGGUGCUUCCGGCAGAAUAUCACCAUUGUUACCAUCUACGCUUCCCUGGGGGAGGAUGCACUUAUCCACUCACUGAAUGAGACCCAAAUAUCGACCUUGAUCUGUGAUUCUAAGCAACUGAAAAAGUUGGCUUCGAUAAGUUCACGCUUGGAAAUGAUAAAAAAUGUUAUUUACUUUGAUAAUGCCGCAAGUGAUUCUGACUUCUCUGGAGAUAUGAGCAAUUGGACAGUCUCAACUUUUUCUGAAGUUGAGAAACUUGGGAAAGAAAAUCCUGUUCAUCCAAGACUGCCUUCCAAGACUGACAUUGCUGUUGUCAUGUAUACAAGCGGCAGUACCGGUCUGCCAAAGGGAGUUAUGAUGACUCAUGGGAAUAUUGUAGCUACCGCAGCAGCAGUUAUGACAGUGAUACCAGAACUGGGUAGCAAAGAUAUUUACUUGGCAUACCUGCCUCUAGCUCAUGUUUUUGAACUGGCAGCUGAGACUGUGAUGAUGUCUGCGGGUUGUGCAAUUGGUUAUGGUUCAGCCUUGACUUUGACAGACACGUCUAAUAAAAUUCAGAAAGGAACAAAAGGAGACGCUUCUAUGUUGAAGCCCACUCUCAUGGCAACAGUUCCAGCUAUUUUAGAUCGUGUUCGAGAUGGAGUUCUGAAACAGGUUGAGGCCAAGGGAGGUUUAGCAAAGAAACUUUUCAACAUUGGAUAUAAGCGACGACUGGCAGCUGUAGAAGGAAGUUGUUUUGGAGCUUGGGGACUGGAGAGAGUUUUCUGGGAUGCCAUUGUUUUCAAAAAGAUCCGCUCUUUACUUGGGGGACACAUCCGAUUCAUGCUCUGUGGUGGAGCUCCUUUAUCUGGAGAUACACAACGGUUUAUCAACAUCUGCAUGGGGGCUCCUAUCGGUCAAGGAUAUGGUUUGACAGAAACAUGUGCUGGAGCUACUUUUACAGAGCCAGAUGACCCAAAUGUGGGGCAUGUUGGACCGCCCCUUCCUUGUGCCUAUAUCAAGCUUGUUUCUUGGGAAGAAGGUGGGUAUAAGACAUCUGACAAACCAAUGCCCCGAGGAGAGGUUGUAGUCGGGGGGUAUAGUAUAACUGCUGGCUACUUUAACAAUGAAGAAAAAACAAAGGAGGCGUACAAGGUUGAUGAGAGGGGCAUGCGCUGGUUUUAUACUGGUGACAUUGGACAGUUUCAACCUAAUGGUUGCCUUGAAAUAAUUGACAGGAAGAAGGAUAUUGUUAAACUACAGCAUGGAGAAUAUAUCUCCCUUGGGAAGGUUGAGGCAGCACUGAUGGGAAGUAACUAUGUGGAUAACAUAAUGGCAUACGCAGAUCCCUUGCACAAUUAUUGUGUAGCUCUGGUGGUCCCUUCACAUCAGGUCCUCGAGAAGUGGGCUGAAGCAGCUGGCAUCAAAUACAAAGAUUUUUCUGAGUUGUGUAACAAAGAAGAAACAGUUGGUGAAGUUCAACAAUCCCUUUCCAAGGUGGCAAAAGCAGCAAAACUCGACAAGUUUGAAACCCCUGCAAAGAUCAAGUUGGUGGCAGAGCAAUGGACACCCGAGUCUGGGUUAGUUACUGCUGCUCUCAAAUUAAAGAGGGAACAAAUUAAGACCAAGUUCAAGGAUGACCUUGUAAAGUUGUAUGAACGAAGCAUGUAAUGGCUUGAUGAGUUUUGCCACCUUUAUUUACUUUAGUAUUUCUCUGAAAACUGAUAUUUGUCACACUGAAGUACUUCCUUUCCCAUAAAAUGACUUAUUUGUAUGCUUGUACCA